GGCUGACUCAGUGAGCGAGAGAGAGCGAAGGGGGGGACGUGUACGGCGGUCGAGUCGUCGAGUCGUGUCAACGCCGCACCGCUUCUGGACUGCUACUCAUCUCCUUCUCUCGUCGCACUUGUCCCUCCCUCCUUCCUCCUCCUCUACACCUACUCUCUCUCUUUCUCUCUCUCUGCUCUGCUCUGCGUCGUCGGCUCGAUCCCGUCCAUAAUCAACCGCCAUAUCUCUCCUCUCUAUAAUUACUCCAGCCUCUCCCCCUCCACCGAAGGAGGCAUGACCGGCAGAGAGAUCCUCCACAAGAUGAAGGAAAAGGUUGGAUUAGGCUCAUCCGCAGCCGACUCCGGGAAGGGGAAGAGCAAGAUGUCGAAGCACAUUACGCAUGGCUUUCAUCUGGUGAAGGGGAAGUCGUAUCAUGACAUGGAAGAUUACGCAGUCGCUGAGUUUAAGCAAGUCGACGAUCACGAGCUCGGUUUAUUCGCGAUAUACGAUGGCCAUUUGAGUCGCGAAGUUCCUGAUUAUCUACGGGCACAUCUGUUUGACAACAUUAUAAAUGAGCCCGACUUCUGGACGGAGCCGGACAAAGCAAUCAGGAAAGCAUAUCGCGUAACUGAUAGUGAUAUUCUAGAAAAGGCAGCUCAAUUGGGUAAAGGGGGCUCGACUGCAGUCACAGCAAUACUGAUUAAUUGUCGCAGGCUAGUAGUAGCGAAUGUUGGGGAUUCCAGGGCAGUCAUCUGCAAAAAUGGUGUCGCCAAACAAUUGUCAGUCGAUCACCAACCCAGCACGGAAAGAGAGAGGAUUGAGAAUAGAGGUGGUUUUGUAUCCAACUUUCCAGGAGAUGUUCCUCGCGUUGAUGGGCAAUUAGCUGUGGCAAGGGCCUUUGGUGACAAAAGCUUGAAGGAACAUCUCAGCUCUGAACCUGAUGUGACAGUCGAGGAGAUUGAUGCUGAUACAGAGUUCAUCAUCUUGGCAAGUGAUGGACUAUGGACGGUAAUGUCGAACCAGGAAGCAGCUGACUCUAUAAGAAACAUCAAGGAUGCUCGGUCGGCAGCGAAGCACUUAACUGAAGAGGCACUGAGUAGGAAUAGCAAAGACGACAUAUCCUGCAUAGUCGUGAGAUUUAACUAGUUUGCAUAUUUUCUUUCGGGUGUUUUCUCUUUAGAUGUGGUUGGAAAAGCUGCGAUUACAUCUUUGGCUUUUUCUUCGGAGUGAUUAUGGAAGUCUGCUUUACACUUCAUGUACGAUAAAUUGCAUAACCAGAUUGUGUCGAUGUACUAUGUUGUCAUCCAGUCAAGGAUUUGCGUCUCCACAUUGUCUCAAGUAAUGAAGAGCAUCAGGAUUCAAGAUUGAGUAAA